CCCCUUCUUUUAAUGCAACCUGUCUCAUUCAAGGGCAUCAUAAAACUAUGUCAGUGGAAGAAGAGUCAAAGCCAGUAUACCGAGGAAAUAAUACCACGGUCACAAGCGCUAGCUUCAGACCACAGCAACAACAACAACCUUCUUCUUCUACAGAUGAACAACCCAAGAAGGGCCCACGUCGUAGUCAUGAACACAUUCAUACUACGGACGAAGAACUAAAAGAAUUCAACAAGGAAUACAAUUUAAAGGCUCAAUCACAAUUCAUGGAUCCUUGUCGUGCCCAAACCAGAGCUUCAUUGAAAUGUAUGGAUGAGAACAACUAUGACAAAAGGCGGUGUACACGAUUCUUUAAGGACUACUCGGACUGUAAAAAGAAAUGGUUGGCAUCUCUACGAGAGGAACGUCGUAAAAGAAACUUGGGAAUCGUUGAUGAUGAUGAGGCCUCUGGGCUCAACAAGGACAAUACUAAACCUCCAUCAUAAGAGAGGCGAAGUAAUCUUUCAAAAUAAAAAAUCAACCCAUCGACAAG